AAUCAUUACGUUCGGAAACGUGCUGCUGCUCGCACGGAAACACAGAAACUGCGGAUAAAAGGCGGAUAAUAUUUUUAGAGCUCGCCGCCAAGUUCAAGUUUGCGACGAAACACAGAAAGUCGUAAAACGUACGCGAAAUACAUAUAAGAAAAUACAGAGUAAAAAGUAUAGAAAACUAUACAAAGGUUCCACCACCACCGUGCGCGCACGCAACAAUAACAACAACAACUACGACAAAGAAGCGCCGUUGUUAUUGUUGCCCUUUCCUGCCAAUUUUUGCGUGUUUCGUCAUUGCCCUCUGCUUUAUCGUCUGUUGUUUUUAUCGACGCGUUCGCUCCCGGUCUUCUUUCUUCCUCUCCAGCCAGCACGCGUGUGUGUGUUUGUGUGUGUGUUUCGCCCCCAAAAUAUAUCGCGCUCUCGCUCUGUCUUCCUCCGUUCAAUUGGUUUGUUGUCAGCGCCGCGUAAAAUUAAAACAAAAAAAAUAAAUCUUUAAAAUUAAAAAAAAGAGGCAAAACAUAAAAGCAGGAAGUUGACUCCGCAAGAUCAAGGUUGAAGAAAAACCCUUUAUGCCAAUCAACGAGCUGUGUCUGAGGCACAGUGGAAAAUUUUCGAAUUUCGCCAAGCAGCGACGUCAUCAGUGCUCGCAUUUGUUGUUGUUGUUGGCGCCCGUGGCCGAGUAAAAGGGCGUUGAAUUCGCUGCCCCGAAUGCCGAGAUUCUUGGAGCAUCCACAGUGGCCGCAGCAAAUUACCAAGCUCACCAUCACCCCGAUGCCAUUGCAUUGCCUGAUCAUCAAAUAAGCGCCUUUAAGAACCCCUAUAUCCUGGGAUUGGAUCCAAAUUAAACCAAAACUUUAAAAAGCAACACUCAAGAUGAGCUUCAGUUCGGCCAGCGGCAGGGAGAAUAAUGUCCGCAAACUAUCCUUCCUGGGCUUUAAUACCAAAAAGAAGUCCGGCAAUGAGGAUCCCGACGAGGUGCUGCUGGACUCGGAAAUGGACAAGGUCUUUGCCGGCAACAGUGCGCGCAAGGACAAGUUCGAUGUGAACACCUUUCAGGACAACUCCCAACUGCCCAUUGGAUCCCGCAAAAAGAAUAGCAUUCGCACAAACGAUCUGAACAUCGAGGAGGACUCGGAGUACGAGAGCCAAACGGAGCCUUUGAACAAUGCACAAAACUACGAUGACAUCCCCGAGGACUUCCCGCUAGUCUCGGAGAGAGCCGGACACGGCGACCACUCGGACAACUCGGUGGACGAGAAGCACGUCCAGUUUGGUGGCAAAAAGAAGAUUGUCAUCACACCGCCCAGUUUGAGCUAUGAUGAACAGCCCACGGAUCAAUCGCACGAACGUAAACGCAGAAGAAGCCGCCAUCAGUAUUAUAGACAUCGUAAAUUCUCACAUCAGGACAGCGUGGAAUCCAAAAACAAGCUCGAGGAAAACGGUGAUGCAGGUGCGCGUCGCAUCUCUGUGCAGCCUGAGGACACGGCAUUGGAGGAGGCUGAUCUCAACGAGCUGAGAUCACAUCGUUCGGACGACCCGCGUGCCCUGCGCCGCCAUAAGAUCCAUCACUCAUCCAUCAAGUUGCGCGAAUUGCCCCAAAUAACGAUUUCCCCCUUCACCAACAAGAAGCCCGAAGUGGACCACAGUCCUCAUGAGAUCUUUGUGCAAUUGGAUGAGCUCACGGGCGUGGGCGAGGAUCGCGAAUGGAAGGAGACGGCUCGCUGGAUCAAAUAUGAGGAGGACGUGGAGGAGGGCUCCGAUCGCUGGGGCAAGCCCCAUGUUGCCUCCCUCUCCUUCCACUCGCUGCUCAAUUUGCGUCGCUGCCUGGAAACGGGCGUUGUCCUGCUCGAUCUCAACGAGAAGGACCUGCCUGCCGUGGCCUACCGCGUGGUAGAACAGAUGGUGAUCGAGGACUUGAUUGACAUAAACGACAAGCCGUCGGUGAUGCGUUCGCUGCUCCUGCGCCAUCGCCAUGUCAACGAACACCAGGGUGUGCUGCCCUUCACCAAGAGGAAGUACAACAGCUACACCAGCCUGCAGUUUCUAUGGAUGGGUGCGGACUCCUCGCACCAGCCGUUCCAGCAGGCGCAGCCACCACCUCGCAACCUGGCCAAGGCCAGGAGGAGCAUCUGCGUCACCUCCAGCGCUCCGCCCAACGCGGCGAUGCUCAACGUGGCCACAGCCACCGCUGCAGCGGCAGCCAUUGAUCACCGGCGCCACUCCACGAUGUCCUACCUGGGUAAUUUGUCUGGAGGCACGGAUGACAAGAAGAUCAAGAUAAUGCCGGCCGCCGAAAUUGGAGGCAGCAAGCGCAGCAAUGAGCUUAAGAUCGACAUGAAGGACGAUAUGUACUCCUCGUCACAGGAGGAUCUCAAGAAGCUGCAAAAUGACACCAUCCUCAAGAGGAUUCCAGCGGGUGCUGAAGCCACCACAGUGCUGGUUGGUGCUGUCGAGUUCCUGGAGCAGCCCACCAUUGCCUUUGUCCGUCUGUCGGAGGGUGUUCUGAUGCCCACGUUGACCGAGGUUCCUGUCCCAGUGAGAUUCAUGUUUGUGCUUUUGGGACCUCGCAACUUCGAUUUGGACUACCAUGAAGUGGGUCGUUCCAUCUCCACGCUGAUGGCUAACGAGCACUUCCACUCCAUUGCCUACAAAGCUGAUGAUCGCAAGGAUCUGCUAUCGGCCAUCAAUGAGUUCCUGGACGAUUCCAUCGUCCUGCCGCCCGGUAAUUGGGAUCGCCACGAUCUCUUGCCCUUCGAAGAGUUGAAGGCCAAGAAGGAUUGGAUUCGCACGCGAAAGAUCAAGGCGCUGCAGGUGAAGCGAGACAGUGAGAUGAUUAAGAUUGGCAAGGAUGAGGAGAAGGCAUUGCUGGAGAAGCAAACCCUGGGAGCCAUUGGAUUUACAAUUGGCGGAGGAGAUGGUGGUGGUGAUGGCGACUCCGAUGAUGACAAUGGCCGAAAGAAGAAGAAACCUAGUCCCCUAGAGAAAACUGGACGUCUUUGGGGUGGUUUGAGGAACGAUCUGAAACGCAGAAUGCCCAUGUACAAGAGUGAUAUACUCGAUGGCCUGAACACCGAAACCCUGGCUGCCACCAUCUUUAUGUAUUUCGCCUGCCUCUCAACGGCUAUCACAUUUGGAGGUCUUGUUUCCGCUAAGACAAACAGCUGGAUUGGUAUCUCGGAGACGCUGAUCUCGUGCUCCCUGGUGGGCAUUGUCUUCCAUUGUCUGUCCUGCCAACCACUCGUGAUCAUCGGAACCACCGGACCACUGCUGCUCUUCGACGAAGCCCUCAUGGUGUUCUGUACGCAACAUGAGUUUGAUUUCUUGUCCUUAAGGGUUUACGUUGGAGUAUGGCUGAUUAUAAUAGCCCUGACUGUAUCCGCCUUCGAGGGCAGCGUGUAUGUGCGUCUCCUAACGAGAUUCACUCAGGAGAUAUUCUCGGCCCUGAUCACGCUCAUCUAUAUUGUGGAAACAUUCAUGAAACUGAUUUCGAUCUACAAGGAAAAUCCCCUGCUUUCUGACUACAAUCUCCCUCCGCCCACGUUGGUCGCCCACGAACAUGCCACCAAUGGAAGCCUACUCAAUGCGACGGCGAGUGUUACAGCGAAUAUUACGCAGAUGGUGAUGAACAUAUCCACGACAGCCAUGCCCAUUGGUCCGCCACCAUUGCCCAAAAAUCAGCCGAAUACCGCUUUAUUCUGCACCAUCUUGACAUUGGCCACUUUCGUGGUUGCCUACUACCUGAAGCUCUUCCGUAAUUCCCACUUCUUGGGUCGUAAUGCUCGUCGUGCCAUCGGCGAUUUCGGUGUACCAAUUUCCAUUGCCAUAUUCGUGCUGGUGGACUACCUGGUGCCGGCUGUGUACACGGAGAAACUGGUGGUUCCGGAGGGUCUGUCGCCCAGCGAUCCCUCCAAGCGUGGCUGGUACAUCGGCUUCGAUACCUCCUCCACGUGGAUACCAUUCGCUUGUGUGAUACCUGCCCUGCUCGUUUAUAUCCUCAUCUUUAUGGAGUCGCAGAUCUCCGAGCUUAUUGUGGAUAAACCUGAUCGUGGCUUAAAGAAGGGUUCUGGCCUCCACUGGGAUAUUGUGCUGCUUUGCCUGCUCAACUGCGCCUGUGGCAUAUUUGGAAUGCCCUGGCAUUGUGCCGCCACUGUGAGAUCCGUGACUCACGUGUCCUCCGUCACCAUUAUGUCACGCACGCAUGCUCCUGGUGAAUCGCCCAGGAUCGUUGAUGUUAAGGAGCAGCGCCUGUCCGGAUUCUUUGUAUGCCUGAUGAUUGGUCUGUCGGUGCUGAUGGCUCCGCUCCUUCGGCUGAUUCCCAUGGCCGUGCUCUUUGGAGUCUUCUUGUACAUGGGAGUGGCCUCCAUGAGCGGAGUGCAGUUGUUCGAACGAAUAAGACUGUAUUUCAUGCCGGUGAAGCACUAUCCACCCACACCAUAUGUGAAGCGAUUGCGUCCUUGGAAGCUGCAUCUAUUUACCACCAUCCAGGUGCUGUGCCUGGUACUCCUCUGGUCUGUGAAGUCGUCUCAAUUCUCGCUGGCUUUCCCCUUCUUCCUGAUUAUGAUGGUGCCCAUACGGCAAAAUUUGACAAAACUCUAUAAACCAGAGGAAAUUGAAGCGUUGGAUGGCAGCGAGAUGAAGAAGAACGACGACGACGAGCCCGAUUUCUAUGAACAAACCAACAUACCAGCAUAGGAUUGGAUUGUUGGGAACUUAAUUAGUGUUAGAUUGAAAGUAUUAAAGCCAAGCCAAGUUUUACGCUGGCCCAAAAACAAAAUCACAAUAGCAAAUGAAAGAGCAAAGCAAGGAAAAACAAAACUAAAACAAUACAAAUACAAAUGCGAUAUAUUUGUGUGGUGUGAAAGCGUUAACGAACUACCUGCAAUUAGUAUUUAGAGACAAGCCACACACAAAUCUACACACACACCUGAAUAACCCAGAGCAUAUAUAGCAUUAUACAUAUUUGUAUAAUAUAUAUUUGCGGGGUCUGCACUUUGUGAUUGAAAGCGGUUGAAGCUGCAGAAGAAGGCGGAAUCGUGUACCUAACUUGCAACUGAAAUCAAGAGACAAAUUAGAUUAUUAGCCAGAAUGACUUGGUGGAGCAGAGAACAAAAAUCAUAUUUUUGAGGCCAACAAAAUUGGUUGCUGGUUUAUCAAAUGUUCAAAUCGUUACCUCUGACUUGUCAGAAUUAGACAAAAAUAUCCUUCCCACGGAAAGGAGCGUCACACAAUGAUUGCAUCACACGCAAAAGAAACCAACGAGAGGAACAAAUUAUGAACUCCGUUGGAGACUCGCAUGUAUUAUUAGCAAUAAUUGCAUUUGCAUAUACACAAAACUAUUAUAAACUUGGCUUAGACCUAUCAAAUCGAAGCAAUCCCAGCGUGGAAAACUAAGAGAAAACCCGUAAACUAUUUAACUUCAACUGGCGUAGUGAUAAUUAGUGUCAAACACACACAAAAACCUCCCCCUUAAGAUCGAACGAACAAUUGUUUAUAACAAAAUCGUUUUAAGCACUUCAACCGAAGCUUUCUUUUAAAGUAAAUGCUUUGCGCUUGAAGUGGCCGCUGUAACUUUGCCUUCUAUGUACUUGUAGUCAGGUUAUUGAAAAACUAAAAAACACAAAAAUCCAACACACACAAACACAUUGUACUUAUACAUGACUAUGUUAUAUACACCCGCAUAUACUAUAUGGUUCGAUUCAAUGAUUAUUUGUUCGGAGCAGCGUUGAGCUGAGGCCAAACCCAAACUAUUUUUAUGUAACUUGUAUGUAUGAACUUGUACUUAUUUCUAAGUAGUUGUUGUCUAGUAUUGUUUAUUCAAAUUCAAAUAAAAUAUGAAAAUCCCAAA